AUGAAGAAUCGGCACGGACAAUACACAAUUGUCGGAUACGUGGACGAGGAACAGCUUGUUUAGUACGACAGCGACAGACGGAAGUUGGAGCCGCGACAGCGGAGAGUGAGGCGCCGACUACUCGGAGCGGGAGACACAGGACAGGCAGGGCCACGAGGAGGGGUCCACACCUUCCAGGACAUGUACGGCUGUGAGCUGCGCUCGGACGGCUUUGACCAGUACGGCUGGGACGGAGAGGACUUCAUCAGCUUCGAUAUAGAGCGCAUGUUGCGGGUGACGCCCGUCAACUGGGGGUUGUUGACCAAACACAAGUGGGACAGGGACACGGGCAUGAACCAUCAACCUGGAGGAGACGUGCAUAGAGUGGCUGCGGAAAUAUGUCAAAGCCGGACAGAGUCAACUCUUGGCCAAUAGGUGAGUACCUUCCUGUCG